AUGGGAGCGGAGGGGCGGGGCUAGGAUAGGCUCGGCGCGUCACCUCCUAAGCUCCACCUCUAGCUGAGGCUUCUAAUCGUGUUCUUCCGGUUGCGGCCUCCUCUUCGUCUUCCUUUCGCCAUCGUGCGUUGUACGCCUGAGUCGACUUCUCACCAUGUCUUCUCACAAGACUUUCAGAAUCAAGCGAUUCUUGGCCAAGAAACAAAAGCAAAAUCGUCCUAUUCCUCAGUGGAUUCGGAUGAAAACCGGUAACAAAAUCAGGUACAACUCCAAGAGAAGACACUGGAGGAGAACCAAGCUGGGCCUGUAAGGAUUCACACAAUCAAUGGCAAGAAUUGAGAGUUUGCACUGAAUCAUGGUCAACGCAAGCAAAGCUACCAGAUGACGCUUAACAUUUUUGACCUGGAGAUUUGGUCAUAUAUUUAAGUUGGGAAUGAUUUGUCCAGUAAUAAAAAAUAUUGAGCCUUUCAAA